AUGAUGAUGAUGUCCCUGAACAGCAAGCAGGCGUUCAGCAUGCCGCACGGCGGCAGCCUGCACGUGGAGCCCAAGUACUCGGCUCUGUACAGCGCCUCGCCCGGCGCCUCCCUCACUUUCCUCCUCCUGUACGCUAGGCUUCAUUCAGUGGCUUCCGUCUCCUCCUCACCUCCUGUUUUCAGGAUUAUUAUUAUUAUUUUAGCGUUCUGGGAAUGUUGUAGGCGCGGCGGCGGCGGUGUCAAGCUCUGGGCCGGUGCUUCCGGAGAGAGCGCACACAAUUCCCUGCAGAGCGUAAUGUGUGCCUUCUACUUGCAAUUGCAGAGCAAUAUAUUCGGCGGGCUGGAGGAGAGUCUCCUGGCCCGUGCCGAGGCUCUGGCGGCCGUGGACAUCGUCUCCCAGAACAAGAGCCACCACCACCAUCCGCCCCACCACAGCCCCUUCAAGCCGGACGCCACCUACCACACCAUGAACACCAUUCCAUGCACGUCGGCCGCCUCCUCCUCGUCUGUGCCCAUCUCUCACCCGUCCGCGCUGGCGGGUACGCACCAUCACCACCAUCACCAUCACCACCACCACCACCAGCCGCACCAGGCUCUCGAGGGCGAGCUGCUGGAGCACUUGAGUCCCGGGCUGGCCCUGGGCGCCAUGGCGGGCCCCGAUGGCGCCGUGGUGUCCACGCCGGCUCACGCGCCGCAUAUGGCCACCAUGAACCCCAUGCACCAAGCGGCGCUCAGCAUGGCCCACGCGCACGGGUUGCCCUCGCACAUGGGCUGCAUGAGCGACGUGGACGCCGACCCGCGGGACCUGGAGGCGUUUGCCGAGCGCUUCAAGCAGCGACGCAUCAAGCUGGGGGUGACCCAAGCGGAUGUGGGCUCCGCGCUGGCCAACCUCAAGAUCCCCGGCGUGGGCUCGCUUAGCCAGAGUACCAUCUGCAGGUUCGAGUCCCUCACGCUGUCGCACAACAACAUGAUCGCGCUCAAACCCAUCCUGCAGGCGUGGCUGGAGGAGGCCGAAAAGUCGCAUCGCGAGAAGCUCACCAAGCCUGAGCUCUUCAACGGCGCCGAGAAGAAGCGCAAGCGCACGUCCAUCGCCGCGCCCGAGAAGCGCUCGCUUGAAGCCUACUUUGCUAUCCAGCCGCGGCCCUCCUCGGAGAAGAUCGCCGCCAUCGCCGAGAAGCUGGACCUUAAGAAAAACGUGGUGCGCGUCUGGUUUUGCAACCAGAGGCAGAAACAGAAAAGAAUGAAAUAUUCCGCCGGCAUUUAG